CAGCGGCUGUCUUGACCACGGUCUCGCAUUUGGCGGCUCACGUUACCGCAGUUGGAUGACUUUGUGUGUAAUGUGGUAGUAGUUUUAUCCACUGCCGUUAACAUGGAACCUUCGGACUUCGAAUCCAUGAACUUCACGUCGGAGUCAGCAGCGGCAGAGUACCCUUUGUGUGAGGAAUGGAAAGCCGGCUCGGAGGGCUCCGUGUUUCACCUCGCCAGUAUUUUCCUGUUCCUCGGCUUCAUGGGCGGCAGCGGCUUUUAUGGACUCCUCUACCUGUACACCUUCCUAACGUUGGGCUACUUCUGCUGUAUGCUGUGGUCAUGGUCGUAUUUCUGCACGAAGGACUCUUUCCUGUGGCAUUUCGCGCUCUUCGGGGUGUGUAUCGUACAAGUCCUGCAUGUGGCUUACAGGCUGAGGAGCGUUUCCUUCCAGAAGGAAUUCCAGGAGCUUUACAACUGCUUGUUUAAAAAACUAGGGGUGUCGCUGACGCACUUUGGGAAGAUAGUGGCCUGCUGUGACGGAGACAUUCACACAAUAGAGAAGGACCACUGCUUCGCCAUAGAGGGAAAAACCGCUAUCGACAAGCUGUCUGUGCUCCUGUCUGGCAGAAUCCGUGUAACAGUUAAUGGAGAGUUUCUGCAUUACAUCUACCCUUUCCAGUUUCUGGAUUCACCUGAGUGGGACUCUCUCAGACCAUCAGAGGAGGGAGUAUUCCAGGUGACCCUGCAUGCUGAUAAUACCUGCCGAUACGUGGCGUGGAGGAGGAAGAAACUCUAUCUACUUUUUGCAAAGCAUCGCUACAUAGCCAAGAUAUUUGCUCUGGUUGUGCGCAAUGACAUUGCAGAGAAGCUAUAUUCCCUUAAUGACAUGGCUUUCCACAGGUCCGGGCACAGCUAUGAUAUCCGCUUACCAAGUUACUGUAACAUGCCAGGGACCGAAAUAGAAAAGGCAAAUGUCUUUCUGCAAGUACCGAUGCACUAGGAAGGACUUCCUGAAUGCAUCCACACACACACACACACACAGACACACACAGACACACACACACACACUGCUCUAACGUGUCAGUAAGGUGGGGCAAAGUGAGGUAUUAUCUGUACCAUGUAGGGCGAAUAUCUAGUGGUGUUAUCUUAAAUUUUCAUCUGCUCUCAUUAUGCAAAUUUGGUAGGUGGAGCUGACAGAUCAAUAUACACGCAUACAUACUGUACACGGUGUGUCAGGAGUCGGCAAGCUAUGGCACGCGUGCCAGCGUGAGAAUGCAAACUCAAUCCUACAAUAUUGACAUAUACUGCUAUGCUAUUUAAUAUUACAUUAAGUUUGGAAAAAAAAACAGAUGAUCAGCCACCAUGAUGAAUUAAUAUUGACAUUAUUUAUUAGCGUUGUCAAAAUAAUAGAAAAAAUAACUUCUUAUAUUUUAACAGAGGAUUUAUCACACUGGGCUACUUUAUGAUCCACGACCAGGCUGGCCGACCUGCCGGUCAGCUGCAGCUGAACGCUGUCUGUGAAACUGGGCCAUACUAAAACAUUACAUUUGUGACUGAUCCUUGUUUUUGCUGUAAUCUGAUUGGCUCAACGGCGCCGAUCAAAGGAAUUUACUUUCAUCUGGUUUGUUUGACGAGUGCAACAGAGACUGUAAAUAUGGCGAAAAAUGUGAAUUUAGAAGAAAAAAUGCGGCAUUAUAGGCAUUUGUAACUAUUUUAGCCUUCUGACUGACUGUACACAUGACAUGUUGGUAGUUAACAGUAUACUGUGACCUGGUCUCGGUCAGUACAGUGGUGACUUGCUUAUUCAAACCGAGGAGGCAGGUGUCAUCCUAAAGUUUCUUGAAGGUCUUCAAUAACACAAAAACAAGUAUUUUAAUAAAAAAAUGUUAUUGUUAUUGAAUAUGAACAGUGGAAAAAAAGGUUAUGAAUGUAUGGGAAAUAAAGAUGUUUAGCUCAA